AGAAAGAGGAACGGAUCAUGUAUGCAUAUUUAGCGGCAUGGGCACAGGGCCCGGUAUCCAAGACCUGGCAUAGUCCAAUGAAUCUGAAGCCAUAGAAAUAGUGUACAGCAGCCCGAUAACAAUCAUUGUGCGACCGACGCCCUGAUAUUCGAGCGCAUACUGACGCGAAUCUAUCCUUUGUAUGACCCAAGGUGCAGCUACCUCUGGCUAUCACGAACGUGCCACCGGCUGCUUCCGAGCGUGUGCGAGUAUGUGCCUUUAGCCCUUGUGCCCUUCUGUCACCACGUACUAGGAAGGAUCUCCAGCCACCAUGACAGGAGGUAAGGUAGGUACCUUACCUUACCUCUUACCUUACUUCGAAGGUAAGGUAUCGUAUCACCACUUCCUUGGUAAGGUAGCCGGCUGAUGGCGAGCUCCGUCUUCUCACAGUCUACCUAUUCUUGUUAUCCGCCAUCACUCCCCCUUCCACUCGGACCAUUCCUCCAUCCACGUCCUUUAGCGCAUUAUAUGUUUCCCCCUUUAUUCUUGAUAUCAACAUCUCGCCCAGGAGUCACAAUGGCGCCACCACGCAGUCCGGCGGCUGAAAUGCUUGCACGACUGCGAGAGAAGCUGAGGACCAGCGCUCACACACCUGGCGCCGACCUGUUUGCUACACUCGGGGACGACUCCAGUUGGAUGCCAGAGACUCAAUUAUUUGCGUCUUCCACACCAGGCGCCGUGCUGGACCGUUGCCUCUUCACAUAUCGAUUUGAACCCCGACUCUGGAAGCUAGUGCAAUCGCUGCCGCCAAGCCAAAAGAAUGCGCUCCUUCAUUGCCUACGACAGAGUCUCUUCCACACCGACUGCGUACGCCGCAAUGAGCUUGUCGAUUGUUUUGGAUGUCAUCAACGGCCCCAGAGACAAGGUGCACGAUGGUGCACUGUGGCUUGCCAGAUCCGCUUCACGACGCAACACGUGUUUGCCGCGAAAAUGUUGACCAAGACCAUUAUAUGGCUGGACAACCUCCCAGAUUCUGGAAUCAACCUCAGAACAGACCCCGUCACAUUGAGGGCGUUCCCCCUGCAUCAUGUCCAUGGGGAGAUAAGCAAGAUGACUCACACGCAAUGCUCAGUGCUGUUAAGCCUUUAUGAACCGCUCGUCUACUCGUGCUUCAACAACGAAAACUUUGACGCAGGGCUUUCCCCGGGCGACCAAGUAUUGCUCUCAGGGUUAACAAUACGUAUUGGCAAGACAGACUCUGCUGGCUUCGAGCUUACGUUGGGCUUGCCCACAGAGGAAAGCCGCAAACGCCCCAUCCCGGACGGUCUCGAUUUAUGGCACCCGACAGUUCGGCGGAUGGCGAGACUCGCUUCCAACGCUUUCUGGCAGAUGAACCCGUGGAGAGAAGCUGUGCCUGGUUACAGAGAGGCGCUCCUGGAGAUGAAGAAACAGUUCCCCUUCAAGGUCGACGAUAUAAACAUCAUGCUAGGGUAUCUUGCCUCAGUAGACUCAGAUGGCGUUACCCUCCGUCUGUGGAGAAAUUACAAGUAUGCUGUCGUGGUAUCGCUGCUCACAAGGGAUGUUGACCAUGCCUUGGAGGCCUUCGCAGACCGACAUGAAAGGUGGUUGGACACAUUCACAAAGGAGAACGAGCUCAUCCGCCGGAGAGUGGAGAUGUGGCAAUUGCGGCUGCGUGAUUUCGCACAAGCCGGAGGCGUAGGUGUAUACAUUCUGGGAUACUCCAAGGAAGAGAUGGCACGCUGCCGUCCCAAGUGGCGCAAGUUGAGGGAGUAGUACGACUUUGAUAACAUUACGUUUGCCCAUGCUAUUUCUGUCCACAUGGAACAGAAGCUCCAACUUGAGGCAGAGCUUGACGGAUGGAGCCCACACGUCAAGUGCAAGGCCAGGCGGACGACAAAGUACCAACUCGCAAACGCCGCCAUGAAAGCACUCAAUGACGAGAGGAAGAAGGUUGGGCCUCGGAUUAGAGAGCCGGCGAGCGUGAAGAAUCCUGCAUCUCCAGAGAAGCCAAGCCGGGCGACAAAGCCUGUGACAAAGCCUGUGACAAAGCCUGCGAAAGGGCCUGCG